CUACGACCGAGGGGCCACGGUGGCCGGUGUGGUUGGCGUCGGGCGGCUGAUCACCGGCAUGGACCGGGGGCUGCUGGGCAUGUGCGUGAACGAGCGGCGUCACCUCAUCGUGCCCCCCCACCUGGGCUACGGCAGCAUCGGCGUGGCGGGGCUGAUCCCCCCAGAUGCCACCUUGUACUUCGACGUCAUCAUGCUGGACAUCUGGAACAAGAACGACAAGCUGCAGAUCACCACCCUCUCCAAACCGGAGCGCUGCAACCGCACGGUGGAGAACUCGGACUUCGUGCGGUACCACUACAACGGCACGCUGCUGGAUGGCACCCCCUUCGACUCCAGCUACAGCAAGGACAGCACCUACGACACCUACGUGGGCACCGGCUGGCUGAUCAAGGGCAUGGACCAGGGGCUGCUGGGCAUGUGCGCUGGGGAGAAGAGGAGCAUCAUCAUCCCACCAUUUCUUGCCUACGGGGAGAAGGGCUACGGGACCGUGAUCCCACCACAGGCCUCGCUGGUGUUCAGCGUGCUGCUGGUGGACUUCCACAAUCCCAAGGACGGCGUCUUCCUGGAACUCCUGGAGGUGCCGGAGUCCUGCAAUCGCAGGGCUGUGACCGGGGACUUUGUCCGCUACCACUACAACGGCACGCUCAUGGACGGCACGCUCUUCGACUCCAGCUACUCCCGCAAUCACACCUACAACACCUACAUCGGGAAGGGCUACAUCAUCCCUGGCAUGGACCAGGGCCUGCAA